AAUACAAUUGGUGCUAAAUGGGGAGGAAACAUCACGCCACAAAACGAAGAUGGAAGCUCCAGUUGAGUAUUUGUUGGAUCUGCUGCCAAAGCCUAAAGUCAUCCUAUUCCUUCACCUUUGCGAGAUUAACGGGGACAAUGAUUAACGAAUUUUAUGGUGAUAUGGGUGUUCAAAUUGGGCAAGGAAGAUGGGUUGCCCUUCCGAAUUGAGAUCGGCUAAGGCUACGGCUUCGGCUUCGGAUUGGGAUUAGGAUUCAGAUUCGAAUGAUGGGAUUUUCCAUGGAUUAGAGAACAUAGUGCUGAUGAUGGUGGCAUUUCGUUGAACUCCAAUUUUUCACGUGAGAUGGUGGCAUCGAGGAGCUGUUACUCCAAUGGUUCAUACAUAGCUGAAUCAACUCCAAUUGUUCAGUGGGCUCUGGACCGGUGGAGGAUGUGUCGUACGUGUUGAAUCUCUGGAUGUUCAUGUCAUCCAUUAGUACAACUUACGAGGAUGAUGGUAUUCUUCGUGGUGUUGUACCAUCUAAAACCCCAGCAGCUUCCACAAUAACUCUUUCAUUAUCAACCACACUGGCAAUAUUCAGAGGAGUACCAUUCUACUCAAGCGCCAAGGUAAACAACAUGCCGGCGUCAUGGUUCUCCGAUUCCGGCGCCAUAAUCUUUUUUUCUCUUUUCAUUUUUUGUUUUAUUAAUUUUUUUUGUGGGUCAAACUCGGUGGAUCCCACUAACAGUGUUGAAAUGAAUAUAAAAAUUAGGAGUUGACGGAAAGAUGACACAAUCUGUUACCUCUUCAAAAUUUCCGUUAAAUAGACUAAAAUUGAUGAGAAAAUUAUUUUAGGAGACUAUUUUUGCCAAUUGAAAAUUCAUGGUGACUCGAUCUUGCUACUUCCAAAAGUUGGGAGACGAAAAGUGCAUUUCGUCCUUUGAAGAAUGCCCCUUGUCAAGGCAUUUUGCUUCCUUCUGCGAGCACCUUGCAUUUAAGGGCUUAUUGUGAUGCGGACUGGGCAGGAUGUCCUUCUACUCGGAAAUCUACUACUGGAUUCAUUAUAUUUUUGGGAUCAUCUCCUAUUUCUUGGCGAUCUAAGAAACAGACAGUAGUCUCCCGUUUGACAGCAGACCCGUUCUACAGCAGAGGUAGAGUAUCGGGCAAUAACAACCACAUCUAAUGAAUUGGUACGGCUAGUUCGUCUAUUGUCUGAGUUGCAGGUGUCAUCUACGGGGCCGAUUCAACUCUUUUGUCAUAACAGGGAGCAAUACAUUGUAGCUAAUCCAGUCUUUUAUGAGCGGACAAAACACAUAGAGAUUGGUUGUCAUUCAUUCGUCAUCACUUUCAAUCUAAGCUUUUGGUUCCUCGUCCAAUCUCUUCUAAAUUGCAAUUGGCAGAUCUUUUCACUAAGUCUUUGGGACGAGAUCAGUUUCAUGCACUAUUAGGUAAGUUGGACAUUUUGGAUUUACAUGCUCCAACUUGAGGGGGAGUAAAGAGAUAAUAUAUAUAAUUAUUGUAGAUAAUUGCGUCUAUUUUAAGUAAAUAUCUAGUUACCAAACUAGGGUCUUUUAAUUGUUGUAUAAGUAGACAACUUUACAUAUCAAUGAAAAUCAAUGGAAUCAUCUUUCAAUCCAUUUUUAUAAAGAAGACUAUGAAGAAUGUUUCCUCUGGAAUUGCAUGAAGCACGAUUCGAGGACGGACCGUUUCGAAGAAAGGGAGAAUGAUGUGAUCCUGGAUGGUCCGUUGAGUAACUAUGAUGAUCAUUACAUUGAUUGUGGUGACAUAGGGGGUGUAUGGUAUUAUAUUGAAGUUGUAAUCAAGAAUGAUAGAAGAUUGAAGCCGAAAUAUGGUUCGCAUCAAGCUAGAAUCAAGUCGACAAAAAAGUCAACAAGAUCGCGUCAACAUAAUGGCCAAGCAAAUGAAAUAGACGAGAAAGUUGACAAGGUGCGCGUCGAUGUUUUAGCCGAGAAGAGGAAAUCAACAAAGAGGUCGACAAGGUGCCGUCGAGUUCAUGGCCGAGCAAAGGAAGUCGAUGAGAAGGUCGUCAGUCGUGCGUCGAGUCACUUGUCGGUCGACAAACAAGUUGACGAAGUCGGGCAGAAUUUUCUAAUUUUCCUAUUUUGAUUAGGAAAAGGAUUUUUCCGUAAUUUGACCAUUAUGGCCGACUCUCUUACACCUCUAGAAGAUUCUAGAUGGUUUUAAAUAAUUGUGACAUG